AUGGCGGACGCAUCCGCGCAACCGAAGCCCAGCAGCAGCGUCAAGCUGGUGCUGCUAGGAGAGGCAGCUGUCGGAAAGUCUUCCCUGGUCAUGCGCUUCGUGAACAAUGACUUUCAAGAGAACAAGGAGCCUACUAUUGGAGCCGCCUUCCUUACGCAGAAAUGCAAUCUGCCCACCAGGACUAUCAAGUUCGAGAUCUGGGAUACCGCAGGUCAAGAACGCUUCGCCUCACUCGCACCCAUGUACUACCGUAACGCCCAAGCCGCCCUCGUAGUCUACGAUAUCACCAAGCCCUCCUCCCUCACAAAAGCCCAACAUUGGGUUGCUGAAUUACACCGCCAAGCUUCACCGGGCAUUGUUAUCGCGCUCGUGGGAAACAAGUUCGACUUGGCGGCUGCAGCUGGCGAGGAAAGCCCGGAAGACGCAGAUGCUGCGCCAGCCGCUGAGGGCGACGAGGAGCCAACAGAAGACGGCGCCGACUCAAGGAGAGUACCCAGCAAGACCGCAAAGUCAUAUGCGGAUGAGGAGAGUUUACUGUUCUUCGAGACGAGUGCAAAGACCGGGCACAAUGUCGCAGACGUCUUUACAGCCAUCGCGAACGCAAUUCCGGAGACAAGUCUGAAAGGACCCCGCGGUGUGGGCGGUCAGACGAACCUCGGCAGGCAGGAGGAUGCGCGAGUGAACCUGGGCAGCGCGCGGACAGAGGGUCCCAAAGAGGGCUGCGCAUGCUGA